AAAAAACUUUUUAUUUCUUUAAAGAGUGUUUUUUCUCUUUAAUAGAAUUAUGUUGGUUUGGUUUUGUCACUGGUCUCUUGUGUCUCUGAUCAUCUGCAGUACAGUUUGGGUUGAAUGUGGUGUUGUUCCCAGGGAGGGUGGAGGUCAGAUGAAGCAAAACACAAUCAAAACCCCCUCUGUUUUCUUGUCACUGUAAAUGCACAUCACACCAGUCCAGCUGCGUGUGCCUUCCAGACGCACCACCAGCCUAUAGUCUGCACUCGGGGGGGACGAAGGCCUUGGUCGAGGUGGAGGGGCAGCGUCGAGUCACACAGUGACCCUCUCAGGCUGGUAAAACUGGCUCGUCUAUCAGAGAAACAGUAGAGCUGAACGGUUCUGUUGACUUUAAGCAUCAACAGUGUUACAGAAAUGAAGGGGACCAUAAAUAUUUUCUUUAUGAGCUGUUUCCUUUCAGGUACUCUGUCCCUGGACUGGGCAGCCUUCCUGCCUCAGACGGUGGAGGGGCUGAGUGGCUCCUGUGUGGUCAUCCCCUGUGCUUUCAGCUUGCCCUCAGAAUGGGACGAGUUCCUGGAUGAUUCCUGUAAGAUCAUAUGGAGGAGAGGCAGCUGGAGCCGCACGCAGGUGUUUGACUCCAGCCUGACUGGAGCGAGCGUCAGCUUGAAUAUUAUGCAGGGAAACCUGACAGGGCUCCUCAGUGACAAAGACUGCACCACCAUCUUCAACAACCUGCCAUCAAGCCAUUAUGAUGACUAUUACUUCAGACUGCAGUGCGACAACUCCUUGAUGUUCAACUUUAAAACUAGUGUCCGCAUCACUGCACAAGAUUCCCUUCCUGGACCGACUCUGACACCAUCCAGGCUCGAAGUAGAAGAAGGGACUCCAGUGACUUUGACGUGCUCAGCCCUUGCUCCCUGUCCCAUCCUCCCUCCAGUGCUGACAUGGACACCGAGUACAGGAGACAUUAAGGAGACUGUGGAAUCAAAAUCUGUAACUUCUGUCAUGACAUUUAAUGCUUCUUACCUCGACAAUGGACAGAAAUACUCCUGCAACGCUCUCUAUAACAGACAGGCGGGAAAAAGUGACCUUGUGUAUGAAAAACAUCUAAUUCUACAUGUUAUGUAUCCUCCAAAUAACACAUCAGUGAGCUACUUUGGUCCUGUGAAAGAGGGUGACCUGAUAACUCUGACCUGCAACUCGGAUGCAAAUCCAGCUGUGGAGAGUUACACCUGGUUCAAAGUCAGUGGAGAGGAUGUGGUCUCAGUGGGAUUUAAAAAUACGCUGUCAACCCCAGUCACAGAAGUGGAAAGACAGUUUUACUGUAGGGCCAGUAACAAAUAUGGAUCCCAAAACUCCUCCAUCACUUACAUAGAUAUCCACUUUUCUCCAAAAGAAACAGCAGUAAUUGUGGACCCCACCGGUCCAGUCCUGGAGGGCAGCUCAGUUUCUCUGCUCUGCAGCAGCCAUUCAAACCCACCAGUGACCAACUACACCUGGUACAGAGAUAACGAGGUGGACCAGGAGACCGGACCAAUCUUGAUGAUUGAAGAUGUCAAUCCCAGCUUUAGUGGAGAUUAUCACUGCACUGCCAAAAAUCAUCUUGGGGAGGAAACGUCUGCAAAGGUCCAUCUGGAUGUUCAGUUUCCACCGAAGAACACCUCGGUGUCAGCUGACACCUCUGGUACAGUUCUGGAUGGCAGCUCUUUGACUCUGACCUGCACCACCAUUGCCAAUCCAGCGGCGGUGAACAUCACCUGGUUCCGGGUGGGAGGGAGAAAAAAGGAGGUGGUCGGUUCUGAGCAGGACUUCACUUUUAAUGUGUCAAAACUCUCUGAAGAUUUUUACUUCUGUGAAGCUGCUAAUAUUCAUGGAGCUGAAUACUCAGAUCCUGCAAGAAUUGAUGUUGCAUUUCCUCCAGAGAUACUGUCUUCUUCACGCUGCAUUAAAGUUUUAUCACAGACCCGAUGCUCUUGUGACAGCCAGGGAAACCCGUUACCCUCUGUGGUUUGGGAGCUGGCAGGAGAACUGGUCAAUCAUUCUGCUGACAUCCCUAUCCGGGAGAUAAUCCUGGGAAGUGGGGUCAUUAGGAGUCAGAUCACUCUGUAUCAUCUGGAUGAAAACGUACCGUCUCUAGUGUGCAACAGCAGCAACUCCUUGGGGUCCGACGGUCUGGCCUUCAACCUGUCCUCCAGUGAAAUCCAGCUAAGUCUCCAUCCUCUGUCUUUGCUGAUUGGCUGUGCAGCUGGAGCCUUGGGGAUGACGUUGGUUUGCAUCCCAUUGCUGAUUUAUUUUUGCAGGACUAGAAAGACAUUUUUGGCAUUUAACAAAGACAAAGGCCACUUUUCAGUAAACAAAUCCCAAGAGAAACCAUCAGGACUUUCGCUUUCCAGUGAGACCAGCUUUCAACCUUCCAGUAAAGCUGAUAUGAAGAAGAACACAGGAAAAGAGGAGUCUCUCACCUAUGUCCAUGUGGAGUUUGCUUUAUCUCAGGUCACAUCAGAGGAUGACCUCGAAGACGUAGAGAUCAGAGGAAGGGCAUCAAAGACAACAGACUAUGCAGAGACCUACAGAGAAAAGAGUGAAACAAAUGGAAAAGAUAAAGAAAAGGUGACAUAAAUUAAUAAGGAACAGGUUUAUGGUCCUGAUGGAAGCACAGUGAUGGCUUUAUUCUGAAUCUUUAGCAUAAAUAAAGAGUUUUGAGUAAAAACGUGUGCACACCUUCAGAAAUGUGCAAACUUAAAAAAAAUGUGCAAACUUUACACACAUUGAUCAAACCUUUCAUAAGAAAUAUGACAAAGCUACUUAACAAAUCUUAAUGAUAAAAACAUAAUUUGUAAAUAUAUGAGUGUUCCUAUACUUCUCACAUUUUGGACCCAAAUAUUGUUAGGAUAAAGAUGUGUUACGAAAUACAAAGAAAUUGUAUAUAUAUUUCUUUUGAUCUCUUUGUUCUGCAAUUAGCUCAGGAAAUAGGAACAUUUUAGGAAACUAAUUUGGUAGAUUUAGAAAAAGAACAACCGGUAAUCUAUAAAACUAUCUGAUCAAAGAAACUGAAUCUAUGAGGGAUACAAAGAUUCACACAUCAGUCAUGCAGAUGGGCAUGUUCAUAAUCAGAAGGAACACGUCUACUUGCUUAAAUAUUAUCUGAUCUCUUUAAUUAAAAUAGAAAGUAAUAAAAGAUUCACCUAAACAAUCAUUUACAUCAAAAUCCUCCUCUUUUAGUCCUGGUCUGUUGUUCAUAAUAGUCAUCAGAAAUGAACAACAUGUACUGUGAAAUGUUCUCUUUUACACAAAGCUGUCUUUUUUUUUCAAGCAUUUUUUAACACAGCUGUACUUUUAUAGUGUUUUUUUUUCUUUUUAAACGCUUUAAACAUGGUUUAAUAGUAACAAAUGCAGCGCCUUCAUUUUUUUUCCAGUCUGCUGAUUUCCAGCAAAAAGUUCUCCAAAAAAAUAAACAAAUAAAUAAAAACAACUUUUUUCAAUGCAUCCUUUUCCACCAAAAUAGCGCACCCAUAAAUGAGUCUAGUUUUUUUUUCUCCUAUAAUGUUCAAAUUUGUAUUUUUAGUCAAGUUUCUGUCACGUUAUCAAUGCUACUGAUAAGAAAUGACCUGUUGUCACUGUUGUUUCUCUUUAAUAAUAAACUUUAUGCAAAUCAAAAACACA